GGGGCCGGAGGGGCGGGGCCGACGGGGCGGGGCGGGGCCUCAGGGAGCAAGGCAGCCCGCGCACUCUGCAGGAGCCGCAGCUGCCGUCGGCCGCGCCUUCAAGGUCUCACCGCUUCCUCAGCAGAGACCCGGGCUCGGCCGCCAUGUCCGCCACGGACGAUGUUGACGGACUGGGCGUGGUCCGGCCGCACUAUGGCUCUGUCCUGGAUAAUGAGAGACUCACUGCAGAGGAGAUGGACGAAAGGAGACGUCAGAAUGUGGCUUAUGAGUACCUUUGUCAUUUGGAAGAAGCAAAGAGGUGGAUGGAAGCAUGCCUCGGGGAAGACCUGCCUCCCACCACAGAGCUGGAGGAGGGCCUUAGGAAUGGGGUCUACCUUGCCAAACUAGGAAACUUCUUCUCUCCCAAAGUGGUGUCCCUGAAGAAAAUCUACGAUCGGGAGCAGACCAGAUACAGGGCAACUGGCCUGCACUUUAGACACACUGAUAAUGUGAUUCAGUGGUUGAAUGCCAUGGAUGACAUUGGAUUGCCAAAGAUUUUUUACCCAGAAACUACAGAUAUCUACGAUCGAAAAAAUAUGCCAAGGUGUAUCUACUGUAUUCAUGCACUCAGUUUGUACCUGUUCAAACUAGGCCUGGCUCCUCAGAUUCAAGACCUAUAUGGAAAGGUUGACUUCACAGAAGAGGAAAUCAACAACAUGAAGAUCGAACUGGAGAAGUACGGGAUCCAGAUGCCCGCCUUCAGCAAGAUUGGGGGCAUCCUGGCUAACGAACUCUCAGUGGAUGAAGCUGCAUUGCAUGCUGCUGUUAUUGCUAUUAAUGAAGCUAUUGACCAUAGAAUUCCAGCUGACACGUUUGCAGCUCUGAGAAACCCCAACGCCAUGCUUGUAAAUCUUGAAGAUCCCUUGGCUUCCACUUACCAGGAUGUGCUUUAUCAGGCCAAACAGGAGAAAAUGACAAAUGCUAAAAACAGGACAGAAAACUCUGAGAGAGAAAGGGAUGUUUAUGAGGAGCUGCUCACUCAAGCUGAAAUUCAAGGCAAUAUCAACAAAGUCAAUACUUCUUCUGCAUUAGCAAAUGUGGAUCUGGCCUUGGAGCAGGGCGCUGCACUGGCCUUGUUCAAGGCUCUGCAGUCCCCCGCGCUGGGCCUUCGAGGGCUGCAGCAGCAGAACGGUGACUGGUACCUCAAGCAGCUCCUGGGUGAUAGACAGCAGAAGAGACAGGGUGGCCAGGCGGAUCCCCUGCAGAAGGAGGAACUGCAGUCUGGAGUGGAUGCUGCCAACAGCGCUGCCCAGCAGUAUCAGAGAAGAUUGACAGCCGUGGCAGCGAUCAACGCCGCCAUCCAGAAGGGUGUUGCUGAGAAGACGGUUCUGGAGCUCAUGAAUCCCGAGGCCCAGCUGCCCCAGGUGUUUCCAUUUGCUGCUGGUCUUUAUCAGAAAGAGCUGGCUACCCUGCAGCAACAGAGUCCUGAGCAUAACCUCACCCAUCCUGAGCUCUCUGUCGCAGUGGAGAUGUUGUCAUCAGUGGCCCUAAUCAACAGGGCGCUGGAGUCGGGGGACAUGAACACCGUGUGGAAACAGUUGAGCAGUUCCGUGACAGGCCUUACCAAUAUCGAAGAAGAAAACUGUCAGAGGUAUCUCGAUGAGCUGAUGAAACUGAAAACUCAGGCACAUGCAGAAAAUAAUGGAUUUAUUACAUGGAAUGACAUUCAGGCUUGUGUGGACCAUGUGAAUCUGGUGGUGCAGGAGGAACAUGAGAGGAUUUUAGCCAUUGGUUUAAUUAACGAAGCUCUGGAUGAAGGUGAUGCCCAAAAGACUCUGCAGGCCCUGCAGAUUCCUGCCGCUAAACUUGAGGGGGUUCUCGCAGAAGUGGCCCAGCAUUACCAAGACACGCUGAUCAGAGCAAAGAGAGAGAAGGCCCAGGAAACCCAAGAUGAGUCAGCGGUGUUAUGGUUGGAUGAGAUUCAAGGUGGAAUCUGGCAGUCCAACAAAGACACCCAGGAAGCACAGAGGUUUGCCCUCGGAAUCUAUGCCAUUAAUGAGGCGGUGGACAGUGGUGAUGUUGGCAAAACACUGAGCGCCCUUCGUUCCCCUGAUGUCGGCUUGUAUGGAGUCAUCCCUGAGUGUGGUGACACUUACCAGAGUGACCUUGCUGAGGCCAAGAAGAAAAAACUGGCAGCAGGAGAUAACAACAGCAAAUGGGUGAAGCAUUGGGUGAAGGGUGGAUACUAUUACUACCACAACCUGGAGACCCAGGAAGGAGGAUGGGAGGAACCCCCAGACUUCGUGCAGAACUCAAUGCAGCUUUCUCGGGAGGAGAUCCAGAGCUCCAUCUCUGGGGUGACUGCUGCAUACAACCGAGAACAGCUUUGGCUAGCCAACGAAGGCUUGAUCACCAAGCUGCAGGCUUGUUGCCGCGGGUACUUGGUUCGACAGGAAUUCCGAUCCAGGAUGAAUUUCCUGAAGAAACAAAUCCCUGCCAUCACCUGCAUUCAGUCGCAGUGGAGGGGAUACAAGCAGAAGAAGGCGUACCAAGAUCGCUUAGCUUAUCUGCGUGCCCACAAAGAUGAAGUUGUAAAGAUUCAGUCCCUGGCAAGGAUGCACCAGGCCAGAAAGCGCUAUAGAGAUCGCCUGCAGUAUUUCCAAGACCACAUAAAUGACAUUAUCAAAAUCCAGGCUUUUAUUCGGGCAAACAAAGCUCGUGAUGACUACAAGACUCUCAUCAAUGCUGAGGAUCCUCCUAUGAUUGUGGUCCGAAAAUUUGUGCACCUGCUUGACCAAAGUGACCAGGAUUUCCAGGAGGAGCUCGAUCUGAUGAAGAUGCGAGAAGAGGUCAUUACCCUCAUUCGUUCUAACCAGCAGCUGGAGAAUGACCUCAAUCUCAUGGAUAUCAAAAUCGGGCUGCUCGUGAAGAAUAAAAUCACACUGCAGGAUGUGGUUUCCCACAGUAAAAAACUUACUAAAAAAAAUAAAGAACAGUUAUCUGAUAUGAUGAUGCUAAAUAAGCAGAAAGGAGGUCUCAAGGCUUUGAGCAAGGAGAAGAGAGAGAAACUGGAAGCUUAUCAACAUCUGUUUUAUUUAUUACAGACCAACCCCACCUAUUUGGCAAAGCUGAUCUUUCAGAUGCCCCAGAAUAAGUCCACCAAGUUCAUGGACUCUGUAAUCUUCACCCUGUACAACUAUGCGUCCAACCAGCGAGAGGAGUACCUGCUCUUACGGCUCUUUAAGACAGCCCUCCAGGAGGAGAUCAAGUCAAAAGUAGAUCAGAUUCAGGAGAUCGUGACAGGAAAUCCUACAGUUAUUAAGAUGGUUGUGAGUUUCAACAGAGGUGCCCGGGGCCAGAACGCCCUACGACAGAUCUUGGCCCCUGUUGUGAAGGAGAUUAUGGAUGACAAAUCUCUCAACAUCAAAACUGACCCUGUGGAUAUAUACAAAUCUUGGGUUAAUCAGAUGGAGUCUCAGACAGGAGAGGCAAGCAAACUACCCUAUGAUGUGACCCCUGAGCAGGCUUUGGCUCACGAAGAGGUCAAGACACGGCUAGACAACUCCAUCAGGAACAUGCGGGCGGUGACGGACAAAUUCCUCUCAGCCAUCAUUAGCUCUGUGGACAAAAUCCCUUACGGCAUGCGCUUCAUUGCCAAGGUGCUGAAGGACUCGUUACACGAGAAGUUCCCAGAUGCCGGUGAGGAUGAGCUGCUGAAGAUUAUUGGUAACUUGCUUUACUAUCGAUACAUGAAUCCAGCCAUUGUUGCUCCUGAUGCCUUUGACAUCAUUGACCUGUCGGCAGGAGGCCAGCUUACCACAGACCAACGCCGGAACCUUGGCUCCAUUGCAAAGAUGCUCCAGCACGCGGCGUCCAAUAAGAUGUUUCUGGGAGAUAAUGCUCAUUUAAGCAUCAUUAAUGAGUAUCUCUCCCAGUCCUACCAGAAAUUCAGACGGUUUUUCCAAACUGCUUGUGAUGUCCCAGAGCUUCAGGAUAAGUUUAAUGUGGAUGAAUAUUCUGAUUUAGUCACCGUCACCAAACCAGUGAUCUACAUUUCCAUUGGUGAAAUCAUCAACACCCACACUCUCCUGUUAGACCAUCAGGACGCCAUUGCUCCGGAGCACAACGACCCGAUCCACGAGCUGCUGGAUGACCUGGGCGAGGUGCCCACCAUCGAGUCCCUGAUAGGAGAGAGCGCUGGCAAUUUAAAUGACCCCAAUAAGGAGGUGCUGGCCAAGACAGAAGUGUCUCUUACGCUGACCAACAAGUUUGAUGUGCCUGGGGAUGAGAAUGCAGAAAUGGACGCUCGGACUAUCCUGCUGAACACAAAACGUUUAAUUGUGGACGUCAUCCGGUUCCAGCCAGGCGAGACCUUGACUGAAAUCCUAGAAACCCCAGCCACCACUGAACAGGAAGCAGAACAUCAGAGGGCCAUGCAGAGACGCGCUAUUCGUGAUGCCAAGACUCCUGACAAGAUGAAAAAGUCACAAUUUGUAAAGGAAGACAGCAACCUCACUCUUCAGGAGAAGAAGGAGAAGAUCCAGUCAGGUUUGAAGAAGCUAACGGAGCUUGGGACGGUGGACCCGAAGAACAGAUACCAGGAGCUGAUCAACGACAUUGCCAGGGAUAUUCGGAACCAGCGGAGGUAUCGACAGAGGAGGAAGGCCGAGCUGGUGAAAUUACAGCAAACAUACGCUGCCCUGAACUCGAAGGCCACUUUCUAUGGAGAGCAGGUGGAUUACUACAAAAGCUAUAUCAAAACCUGCUUGGAUAACUUGGCCAGCAAGGGCAAGGUCUCCAAGAAGCCUGGGGAAAUGAAAGGAAAGAAGAGUAAAAAGAUUUCUCUGAAAUACACAGCAGCCAGACUGCAUGAAAAAGGAGUCCUUCUGGAAAUUGAGGACCUGCAAGUGAACCAGUUUAAAAAUGUUAUCUUUGAAAUCAGUCCAACAGAAGAAGUGGGAGACUUUGAGGUGAAAGCCAAGUUCAUGGGCGUUCAAAUGGAGACGUUUAUGCUACAUUACCAGGACCUGCUGCAGCUACAGUACGAGGGCGUUGCGGUCAUGAAAUUAUUUAAUAGAGCUAAAGUAAAUGUCAACCUCCUGAUCUUCCUUCUCAACAAAAAGUUCUACGGGAAGUAACCAGUCGUUGCCGCCAGCCCAGAGGGAGGAAGGGAGAAGCUCCUCACGGCCGCCUUCCUUGGGUCCUUCUUUACUCAGUGGAAGCAGAGGCCAGCCCUCAACAAAGCCUCAACUCGAUGCGCUCCCGACACCGCGUUUUUAGCUCUUCUCGCUCUCGUGGGACGCCUGCUGCCCAUUUUUCAUAGUGAAAUUGUAUUUCAGGCUUAGUCUGACCCUCCUGUUCCUUCAUUUUCCUCUGUCACGUAGGAAAGAGUGGAACCCCCGCUAAAAUCUCUCUCCAUCGCUACGGUCCUCGAGGCUGCAUUGCUAUAUCGUAAGCUUUGGUGUUUGUCUGAAUCAGCAACAGGGUUGGUGGGAUUUGAUUUCUUGUUAUUUGGAAGCGGGAGCAUCAGCGCUGGUGAUACACAUGCUUCUAAGGCAGGCACACAAGUAAGAUGUCAGGUCAUCUAGAAUUAGUAGGUUGUCGUUUAACGGUGAAGUUCCUUUACAUUUAUUUCCAUCCCGACGGUCACGUGGAAGGACACAGGGGCUCACUGGUCCUCCUGUUGUUGUCCUGUGUGUGCAAGAGCUAACAAAAGUCACUGUUCUAUGUUGAAAGGAAAGUUUCUAGCAAAGAGGAGAUACGGUUUUUAAAUUUCACCAUUAAAUUGGAGCAGUGCUGUUGGCAUAGCUCUCUCAUCGGUGGAUGGGACACUCCCACUGAUAAAACCCAGCUCUCUAGGCAAAUUCACAGUGCUCUGCGGUGCCCGCUCGACUCUGUUGGUGCACAGAGGUGGGCUCCGUUCUGGAAGGCAUCUGUUCUGUCCCUAUGGCCAAGGGAUGGGCGAGCCCUAGCGUAGAAUGUAAUUGUCUUCAAAACUGUUUUCUAUCUUGAGUGCCUUAUUAAAGUGUAGAUUUAUUUCUUAAAAUGUGGGUGAUAGGAAUUUUGAAGAUUUAUAUAAUGCUUUAAAAGCCUUUAGAAUACUGUAAGAGAAGGGUUUUUUUUAAAAAUUGGCUUAUCUGUAUAUCUGAACUCUUAAAACUUAUAGCUAAAACACUAGGAUUUAUCUACAGGGUUGCAGGGAGAUAAUCCUGCUUUAGACAGACUGAGUCAAAAACGAAACCAACCAACUGAUGUUAACUGGGUAUUAACAUCUUCUUCCCAUUUCUUUCUCUUGUCCUGCUGCCCCCACUGUGCCUUUAUUUUAAGAGCUCCCGUUUUCUGGGUUUAGUCAGAAAUAAUUCAAUUCUAAACGUUGAAUUUAGGAAACUUUGGUUAUCAGAUAAAAUGUCAUAUACUUAAAGCAACAACAACAACAACAACAACAACAAAUUGUUUAUCCGGGAAAAUAUAUUAGAAAUCAUGCUACUACACCUCCAUUUAUCCCAAUGUUUCGGUUCAGUAUUCUUUUAUCAUAAAACAUAAAGUUUAACAAAAUAAACUUACAUGAGAAAAUUUACUGCUGUAUAUUGAAAGCCAAUAAACUGUUUCGUUAAUAACCAAUUAUGUGAUGUGUCCCUGUUACAAAUGGAAGCGUUGGAGAUGUGUUUUUCACGGGAGACUGUUUACCCGGUCAGGCCCACCGUUGUGCAAAUGUAAGUCGUCCGAGUCUCCGCACACUGCAGGCGGGGGAGAGGUGCCGUGGCCGGAGACUCCACACCAGCCUGACCUUGUUUUCUACUGUAUUCUGGAAGAUCAGUUUUUAGGAGACCUUCUCCUCAGGUCAAAAGCAGAUACUAUUACAAGUAACGUCACCUCAAAAACUGGGACCAAAGUGUCAAGUCUUUUACCUUAAGAGGAUGCCCAUCCCAAAUGCUUGUUGGACCUCAAAGGCCACAUGCAUGACAGACCGCGAGCAAAGUUUACAACUCCCGUGAUGAAAUACGAUGUGUCAACUAUUCGUAAGGAUUACAGGGCCCUUGAUGCAACUUCUAAUGCAAAAUGGCACAAAAUGCACUUGCAGAUUUUGCUGGUGGCCGUGUAGAAUUACGGUUACAACAGCAUCGAGAGUGCCCCGGCUGAACUCAAGUCAGGCUCUGAAACCUUGUAGCUCUUCCUAUUUCUACUUAUUAGCUGUGGCGCUCACUGCCCUGUCCCUCCUCCUCCCACCUUGUCUUCCACCGGCUGUCGUGACAUUUAUCAUGAAUUUACUUCCAACGAUUUGGACUGCCCAUCAGAUUGCUGCACACAAUUGCCUUUGUAUCUCUGUAUGAAAUAAAAGGUCAUUUGUUCA